AUGCAGAGAUCGAUUUCGAGACUAAUUUCAUCCAAGGCGGAGAGAAUUGUUCGCCGGAAUCUGCAGGGGAAAGGUAAUCCUCGAAUUGCUCCUUCUUCCUUUAAUCUUUGCUGGGGACGAAGAGAUUUUGCUGGUGGGAGUGGUGAUUACAGAGAGAAAUUGAGAAAUGGGCUGAGUGAUUUAAAGCUAGACGAUGCAAUUGGGUUGUUCGGUGACAUGGUCAAGUCUCUUCCUUUUCCUUCAAUCAUUGAAUUCAAUAAACUGUUGAGUACAAUUGCUAAGAUGAAAAAGUUCGAUGUUGUCAUCUCCUUGGGGGAGAAGAUGCAAAAUCUGGGAAUCUCAUAUGAUCUCUAUUCUUACAAUAUUUUCAUUAACUGUUUUUGUCGCCAGUCUCAUCUCUCUCUUGCUUUAGCUGUUCUUGGGAAGAUGAUGAAACUCGGUUAUGAGCCCGAUGAUGUCACGCUUUCUUCUCUUCUCAAUGGUUUCUGUCACAGUAAGAGGAUUUCUGAUGCCGUAGCUUUGGUUGAUCAGAUGGUGGCUAUGGGAUAUAAACCCGAUACGGUGACAUUCACAACUUUGAUUCAUGGCCUUUUUCUCCACAACAAAGCUUCCGAAGCUGUGGCUUUAGUUGACCGGAUGGCUGAGAAAGGUUGUCAACCAAGUCUGGUUACUUACGGUGCUGUAUUGAACGGAAUAUGUAAGAGAGGUGAUACUGAUUUGGCUUUAAGUCUGCUCAACAAGAUGGAACAAGGUAAAAUAGAGGCUGAUGUAGUCAUCUACAACACAGUCAUCGAUUCUCUUUGCAAAUACAAACAUGUGGAUGAUGCACUUGACAUGUUCAAUGAAAUGGAGAUCAAAGGAAUCAGACCGGAUGUUGUUACCUACAGCUGCCUCAUUAGUUGCCUUUGUAAUUACGGAAGAUGGGAUCAAUCUGCUAGACUACUAAGCAAUAUGAUUGAGCAGAAAAUCAACCCCAAUGUAGUUACAUUCAAUGCAUUGAUUGAUGCUUUUGCGAAAGAGGGCAAGCUUUCUGAGGCUGAAAAGUUGUACAAGGAGAUGAUCCAAAGGUCUAUAAAUCCUGAUAUUUUCACUUACAAUUCAUUGAUCAAUGGGUUUUGUAUGCACGAUCUCCUAGACAAGGCUAAGCAUAUGGUUGAGCUCAUGGUUACCAAGGAUUGUCUCCCAGAUGUAGUGACAUAUAAUACUCUUAUAAAGGGAUUUUGCAAGUCUAAGAGAGUGGAAGAAGGUAUGGAAGUCUUCCGCGAGAUGUCUCAAAGAGGAUUGAUUGGCAACACAGUCACUUACAACACACUUAUCCAAGGGUUUUUUCAUGAUGGCAACUGUGAAUAUGCCCAAAUGUUAUUCAAACAGAUGGUUUCUGAUCGUGUGCCUGCCAGUAUUAUGACGUACAACAUCUUAUUAGAUGGGCUUUGUAAUCAUGGGAAGCUAGAGACAGCAUUGGUCAUAUUCAAGGACAUGCAAAAGAGUAAAAUGGAACUUACUAUUAUUACAUAUUCUACUAUGAUUGAUGGGAUGUGCAAGGCUGGGAAGGUGGGAGAAGCGUGGAAUUUAUUUCGUAGCCUCAGCCUUAAAGGAGUGAAACCUGAUGUUGUAACCUACACAACAAUGAUCUCAGGAUUAUGUAGGAAAAGCUUAAUGCAAGAAGCAGAUGCCUUGUUCAGAAAAAUGAAAGAAGAUGGGAUUCUCCCAGAUAGUGGCACCUUUAAUACGCUGAUUAGGGCGCAUCUUAGAGAUGGUGAACAAGCCGCAUCAGCAGAACUUAUCAAAGAAAUGAGGAGUUGCGGGUUUGCUGGAGAUGCUUCCACCUUUGGCUUGGUCACUAAUAUGUUACAUGAUGGCAGAUUGGACAAAAAAUUCAUCGAUAUGCUUUCUUAA